AUGCGUAUGAAAGCGAGCGGAAGCGAUAUGAAAGUUACCACCGCGGCUUUUCCACUGACAUUUGCUUGCUGGGGACAGCGAGUCGGGUGUCUGUUGCAGCGAAGUUCCUCAGACUCUGCCGCUGUUGCCGCUGCCGCCACAGAUUUGUACGAAAAGUAUAUCGUCGCCCGCUACACGGAGCCACAGCGGCACUACCACACGAUGACGCACUUGGAGGAGAUGCUGGGCUGCCUUGCACGGUUUCAGUCCGAGGCUCCAGUGGCGCAUCGUCUGCCUGCUGAGGGCGCACGACGACUUGUUGUGGAGUUGGCAAUUUUCUUUCACGACGCGGUCUACGACCCUAGGCGCAGCGACAAUGAGGAACGCAGCGCGGCGUGGUUUCAAUCCUUCUGGGGUGAAGUCCGCCGAUGUGCGACACUACACACGACGGCGCUGGAUGACGGUGAGACGAGGGGGCGUGUUGGACCGCUGCUUUGGGAUGACCUCGACGCUGCACGAGGCGUAGAGGAAGAGGUGGUGAAUUUUAUUCUUCAGACGAAGCACCACAUGGCGGUGGAGCCGUGCUACAUGCACCGGGCGUCGCAGUCUGGCGGCACGGACGACGCCCCGCAGCCAACGCCGCCGCCGCCUCCUCUUCAUAUAUUUCUUGAUCUUGAUCUUGCCAUUUUGGGCAGUGCGGCUGAGCGUUACCGGAGAUACGCGCUUGACAUUCGGCGGGAGUAUAGCUGGCACAGCGAGACAGACUUUUGCCGCGGUCGGGCUGCCUUUCUGCGAGGUUUUUUGAAUCACCCACAGUGGUACAAGACAAAGUUUUUCUUUGACGCCUUGGAGUCGUCUGCGAGGGCGAAUGUUGAGGCUGAGGUUGCGGCGCUGGAGGCACGGCUGGAGCAUUUGGCCUCCGACGAGCGGCCCUGA